AUGUUUAUAGAUCAUAAUAGUUCACCUAGUACACGUGGUAUCUUAUGGAGACAACUGGAAGCUGUUGAUAGAAUGGAAAGACUAGCUCUUGCUAUAGAUCCUCAAAAUCUAUACGUGUAUGUUGUACAGACGGGUCAAACUUUAUGCUUAGAUAUCAACUUAAAUGCCCACAUAGUUUUUAUGACUAAUGAUCUAUGGGAUUCCGAAUGGAUUUUUUCUCAAACACUGGCUAUAACUAAAGAUCAUUAUCUUUUCUUACUUGCUUAUCGUGCUGUAGAAUCUGAAGACUUUAUUCCUUAUUUGUAUGUAACUAAUCUUUCCAAUAUAUCUGAUCCAAUACGGCUAUCAAUGACGAAUCUUUCAGCAAUACAAGCAUCUCACUCUAUAUUCGAUAGUGAACAAUAUGCAACUCUAUCAAUUUCUGUAGAUAAAGAAUCAAAUAUAAUUAUCGUUGGCAUGCCAUUUUUGGAUACAGUUUUAAUUUUAUCUUUUCAUGACAAAUCAAAAUCUCCAUUUAUUAUGAAAGAAAUUGUUUCAUCACAAAAUGGCGCAUUAUUUGGUAAAUCAGUUGCAAUAUUAAAUGAAAAUCACUAUGCUGUAUUAGCUCAAUCAAUGUCUACUUUACCCUGGUCUCUUUCACAAAUUUAUUCUCUUCAUGAUUUCGAUCCUAAAUCAAAACCAAUCUUUGUAUUUCCUAACAAUCAACAACCAAUGCAAAAAAUGCAUAUUAUGUCAUCUCCUUUUAGUAUAACUAGUCUACAUUCAUGUAGUCCGAACACGAUUGGUCUUGUACUUAAUCCUUCGACAGUUCUUCUUCUUCCAGCAAGUCCUCCAGGAUAUUGUAGUAGCAUUGUUGAGAAGUAUACAGAAAUAGAUGCAAUAAUAUAUCGAUCAAAAUCUUGUAUUCCUGGUACUUAUCAGGAGAAAAUGAGCUUUGGACCUUGUAUAAUUUGUCCAUCACAAUCGAAAAAUAAUGGUAGUUCUGGAGUAAUAUGUGAUGAAUGUGUUUUAAAAAAUACAUCUAUGUGUUUUCUUGGUGCUAUAAAUGAAAUCGAUAUGACAUCAUUAAUAAGUUAUGAUCAAACGACACCUUAUCUUGAAUCACCAGAAUCAACACAAUUUGAUGAUUUACUUUUACAAAAUAUUUUCAAGUUUCCUGAUGCAACUAUACAAUGUCUUUUUAUUUCACCUAUAUUUUGGGGUUUUUUCACGAUUAUUUUAUGUUUAAUCAUUUUUAUACUGAUCAAACUUAUUCUAUAUCGUUCGAAAUAUAAAAAUCGAUCAUUAGUUUUUAAAAAACUGUUUGUUUAUAUUGAUCUAAUAAGUGAAGGACAAUUUUGGCUUGGUGGUCUUAUUUCACUUUCACUUUUCGUUUUAAUUAUUUUCGCUUGUAAAUUCAGUAUUUCAUUUGCAUCUCUAUAUCCAAUUGAACAAGUUUCAUCCGAUGAACGAUUAAGUGUUUCAUGUGAUGGUAUAUUAUUCAAUGCUAAAUUAACCAGUUCAUUACAAUUACUUUCAACACAUACAUAUAAAGAAAAAACAAUAUUUACUUUACUUGAUGAACAAAAUAUUACUUUAACUGCUGAAUUUAUUAGUACAGGAUUUGGGUGUGAUGAUCUAGCAAUACAAUUGAAAAGAGCUCAUGGUUUAAGCAUUACAUUAAAAAAUUUGAAUUGUUCGACAAAUAACAGUAUAAUUUAUGUUUCAUUUAUUUUACCACAGCAUGUUAUUACAAUGCAUUUUGAUAUACUUGGACCCUAUUUUGUUGGUGCACUUCGUAUUUGUUUUUCAGCACCAUCUGUUAUUAUUGACAAUGGUACGUAUACAGCACAACAAUUAGAUUAUUGUCAAUCAUUUUUUACUCCAAAUAAAACUUUAACAUCAAAUCCAGUAAUCAAUGUUAAAAUGACAAAAGUCAUCAAUCGCACAGCUAGUAUGACAUUACUUGAUGAAGUGACGUAUACAGGACUUUGGUUACCUACUCUUGCAAUGAAUACUUUAACAGAUGAUUUAUUAUUUUCGGAGAAAGGAGAGUUUUAUCGUUAUGUACGUUCACACAUGACAUUAGUUAUGGAUAUAACAGAAUCAGAAUUUUAUGUGAAGAAUACGCAAGAACCUAUUGCUCGAACAUAUGAAAUUACUUUUAAUACAAUUCUUUUUUUCAUGUUAUGUUUGGAUUUAGUUGGACUUUUAUUUAUUGGAUUUAAACUUGCAAUUCUUCCAUUAAUUCACCUAAUACAAAAACGUUUCUUUCAUAAACAAAAAAAUAAAUCGUCAAUAUCUAAAGAUCAUCAUAUAUAUGAAACUACAAUAGAACAACCAUUCAAAGAAAUAAGAAAACAUCAUCGUAUUAACAACAAGAAUCAAAUUCUUACAAAUCAUAGACGCUUGUUUGUUCAAUCAAAAUUUUAA